UUCUCAUGCAAGGAAAGGAUUAAACUUGUAAUCGGAGCGAAACCAGACUUUCUCGGGCUCCUGUGCGCAAGCCCCGCCCCUCGGCCAAACUUUCCAAAGAGGGAGGUCCGUUUGAAGAAACGAAAGUGAAAUUGAACCGGAGCCAUUUCCCAGCCCUGCUCCCAGCUUGAAGCUCCCGGCUCCCUGCUCCCGGGGCUUGAGUCGACUCCAGAGGCGCCCCCUGCGUCUGGGAGGCCCACGGCCUGCCCUGGGAAAGGUCCAGCUGCGGAGGGUCGCGCUGCUGGCUGCGGGCGGGCACCGGAACAUGCCUGGGGCGCGCCAUGGACCCAAGACAGGGGUAUUCCCUCAACAGAUACCAAGCCCGCCCAGCCCAAGGCUAUGAGCACAGCAGGCACAGACACCAGCAGCCAGAGCGGGGACCUUAUCGUGACAGUUUCCAGCUCCAGCAAAUAGAGUUUCUCAAGGGGCAGCUCCCAGAAGUGCCCCUAUUUGGAAAGCAGCCACCAUCACUGCCACCGUUCCUCCCUGGACUCUGGCCGAGGUUUCCAGGACCACCUGCCAGAGGCGGGCCCCUCCAGAUCCGAGGUGUCCCCAGGGGCGUGCCUCUCAGAAGUCAGGUACUCCCAAGACGGUUCCAGCGUCCUUUCCCACGUGGCCACAUUCGGCCAUGGAGAGGUGUUGAUAGGCUUUCCUCACAUUUCCAGGGACUGACCAUCAGCCAGGAUCAGGAACAAAGGACCCUAGAGCUCUUGGAUGAGCUUGGGGACGGGAAGGCCACCACAGCGCGUGAUCUGGCCCGGAAGCUCCAAGCCCCAAAGAAGGACAUCAAUCGAGUCCUGUACUCUCUGGCAGAGAAGGGUAAGCUGCACCAAGAGGCAGGAUCUCCCCCUUUGUGGAGAGCCACAGUCCCAGUUCAGGCUCAGAACCAGCCUAGCCAAGAAACAAGAGCAGAGAGUCAAACCCCAGGAGCUCAAAGCCCAGACUCCAGUGUGGAAACUGAAGACAGAAGCACCCCGUGUGGCUUGGAAGAGCCCCCUGAGCCUCUCGACAUGGCUGAGAUCAAGGAGAAGAUCUGUGACCACCUGUUCAACGUGUCCAGCUCCUCUGCCCUGAACUUGGCUAAAAACAUUGGCCUCACUAAGGCCCGGGAUGUGAAUGCUGUGCUGAUUGACUUGGAAAGGCAGGGAGAUGUCUACAGGCAGGGGACCACCCCUCCCAUAUGGUAUUUGACUGACAAGAAGCGAGAGAGGAUACAGAUCAAGAGAAACAAGGACAGUGUUCCCGAAACCACUCAAGCUGCUGCUGUCCUGGAGACCGGAAAAACCACAGAGGGCCCCACCUGCAGCUCACCUGCAUCAGACGUCUCCAACAGCACGGUCACCCCAGGAAAGGUGGAAAAUGGGCAGGAACCCGUCGUCAAGUUAAAACUCAAGCAAGAGGCAACAGCAGAACCAGUAAAACUGAAACCACCUGUUCAUGACAACGGCCCCUCCAAAACAGGGUAUGUUGACUUUGAAAACGGCCAGUGGGCCACAGAUGACAUCCCCGAUGACUUGAAUAGUAUCCACGCCGCACCAGGUGAGUUCCGCGCCAUCAUGGAGAUGCCCUCCUUCUACAGUCAUGGCUUGCCACGGUGUUCACCCUACAAGAAACUGACAGAGUGCCAGCUGAAGAACCCCAUCAGCGGCCUGUUAGAGUAUGCCCAGUUCGCUAGUCAGACCUGUGAGUUCAACAUGAUAGAGCAGAGCGGACCACCCCAUGAACCUCGAUUUAAAUUCCAAGUUGUCAUCAAUGGCCGAGAGUUUCCCCCAGCUGAAGCUGGCAGCAAGAAAGUGGCCAAGCAGGAUGCAGCCAUGAAAGCCAUGACAAUUCUGCUUGAGGAAGCUAAAGCCAAGGACAGUGGAAGAUCAGAAGAAUCAUACCACUAUUCCUCAGAGAAGGAAUCAGAGAAGACUGCAGAGUCCCAGACUAUCACCCCUUCAGCAACAUCCUUCCUUUCUGGGAAGAACCCCGUCACUACAUUGCUUGAGUGUGUGCACAAGUUGGGGAGCUCCUGUGAAUUCCGUCUCCUAUCCAGAGAAGGCCCUGCCCAUGACCCCAAGUUCCAGUACUGUGUUGCGAUGGGAACCCAUACUUUCCCCACUGCCAGCGCCCCAAGCAAGAAGGCAGCAAAGCAGAUGGCUGCAGAGGAAGCCAUGAAGGCCCUGCAAGGGGAGGCGACCAGCUCGACGUCUUCUGAAGACCAGCCCGGAAGUACGAACACGGAAGCAUUCGAUAACUUGGAAUCAGUGAUGCCCAACAAGGUCAGGAGGAUCAGUGAGCUCGUGCGAUACCUGAACACCAACCCAGUGGGCGGCCUGUUGGAGUACGCCCGCUCCCACGGCUUUGCUGCUGAGUUCAAGCUGGUUGACCAGUCCGGACCUCCUCACGAGCCCAAGUUCGUUUACCAAGCGAAAGUUGGGGGUCGCUGGUUCCCAGCCGUCUGCGCGCACAGCAAGAAGCAAGGCAAGCAGGAAGCUGCAGAUGCGGCCCUCCGCGUUUUGAUUGGGGAGGACGAGAAGGCAGAGCGCAUGGGUUUCACAGAGGUAACCCCAGUGACAGGGGCCAGUCUCAGAAGAACUAUGCUCCUCCUCUCAAGGUCCCCAGAAGCAAAGCGAAAGACACUCCCUCUCACAGGCAGCACCUUCCACGACCAGAUAGCCAUGCUGAGCCACCGGUGCUUCAACGCCCUUACCAACAGUUUCCAGCCCUCCUUACUCGGCCGCAAGAUCCUGGCUGCCAUCAUCAUGAAGAAAGACUCUGACGACCUAGGUGUUGUGGUCAGCCUGGGGACAGGGAAUCGCUGUGUGAAAGGAGAUUCUCUGAGCCUAAAGGGAGAAACUGUCAAUGACUGUCAUGCAGAGAUCAUCUCCCGGAGAGGCUUCAUCAGGUUUCUCUACAGUGAGUUAAUGAAAUACAACUCCCAGACGGCGAAGGAUAGUAUAUUUGAACCUGCUAAAGGAGGAGAAAAGCUUCAGAUAAAAAAGAGCGUGUCAUUCCAUCUCUAUAUCAGCACGGCCCCGUGUGGGGAUGGUGCCCUCUUUGACAAGUCCUGCAGCGACCGAGCUGUGGAGAGCACAGACUCCCGCCACUACCCUGUCUUCGAGAAUCCCAAACAAGGCAAGCUCCGCACCAAGGUAGAGAACGGGGAAGGCACGAUCCCAGUGGAGUCCAGUGACAUUGUGCCCACAUGGGACGGCAUUCGGCUGGGGGAGAGACUCCGCACCAUGUCCUGCAGCGACAAAAUCCUGCGCUGGAACGUGUUGGGCCUGCAGGGGGCACUGUUGACCCACUUCCUGCAGCCUGUGUAUCUCAAAUCCGUCACUCUGGGUUACCUGUUCAGCCAGGGGCACCUGACCCGUGCCAUUUGCUGUCGUGUGACAAGAGAUGGAAGUGCGUUUGAGGAUGGACUCCGACAUCCCUUUAUUGUCAACCACCCCAAGGUUGGCCGAGUCAGUGUAUACGAUUCCAAAAGGCAGUCUGGGAAGACCAAGGAGACAAGUGUCAACUGGUGUUUGGCUGAUGGCUACGACCUCGAAAUCCUGGAUGGGACCAGAGGCACCGUGGAUGGGCCACGGAACGAAUUGUCCCGGGUGUCCAAAAAGAACAUUUUCCUUCUAUUUAAGAAGCUCUGCUCCUUCCGAUACCGCAGAGAUCUACUUAGACUCUCCUAUGGUGAGGCCAAGAAAGCUGCCCGUGACUACGAGAUAGCCAAGAACUACUUCAAAAAAUCUCUGAAGGACAUGGGCUACGGGAACUGGAUAAGCAAGCCCCAGGAGGAGAAGAAUUUUUACCUCUGCCCGGUGUAGUGGCCCCGGGACUGACGGGUCAGGGUUUCACACUGGGUGCGAGAGAGAGGCCGUAGCAUUCCUCAUCACAGGGGUCAAGGGGGUUGGGGUUUUAUUUUCCUCUUUUUUUUUUUAAAGAAUGGAACUGCGGUUGGUGACACUGAGAACUUUGGGUUCCUGUUAUUCUGCUUUUCUUUGGGAAUCCCAGGCCAGGUCUCACCACCCCCUUCUCUUUUCCCCAGCAGAGAGACAGAGACCGCAGGGCAGAGAGAAGGGGUUGGUUCCUUCUUUCCGCCCAUUUCCUCUUCCGGUCUAUUUCCAUUUUUUUUCUGUUUCCUUUCCCUUUGUGUUUGCUACACUGACCUCUUGUGGUCUCGAUUAGGUUCCAGUCAACCGUGUGAACCAUGCCAGGGACAGGAUUUUUCAUUUGUGAAUUCUGAGGCCCCUCUGCUUCCCGUCUUCCCCUUCUGAGAUUCCUUCCUCGUGAUUGUUAGUUUUUCCUUUUCCUCCAAGAGGGUAAAGCAGUGAACCUAAAGAAUCUGGUGAAACAUUUCUAAGGGCCGGAGUUGAACACUGCAGGCAGCUUGUUACCAGUGCCAAGCGUGAUGAGAACCUGCAGAUGAUGCUCCGUGAUCUUGCACUUUAGCCGGCUUGGGAGGGGCCCAGCGGCAGGGGAGGCCGCUGCCAGGGAGGUGCGUCCCUUCCCCAGGUGGCAGGAAGGGCUGGGACCCGCCAGAUGGGGCUAAUGGAAUUGCCUGAGCACUAGAGGAGGCCUGCCCUCCAAGGGUAACACAGACCACUUUCCUGGUAGGCAGACAUACCUUGGAAUGUUGCCAAGCUCCCAGCUGCUGCUCCUCCUAAAGCAUUCCUAGGAAUUUGUCCUGCUGGUGGGGGCAGUAACGCUGUAGACCCCUACCAAUUGGUAGGAAGAAACCCAGGGUAAAUCCUAGAGAGUAAAUUGUCUCUGCUCAGAUAAUCAUGACUUAGCAGGAAUAAGGCAAAAAAAUCAUGUUGGGUCAGACCACUGUUCCCCCCAGCAUAUUUCUCGUGGUGGUGACACCAAGGGACAGUGCCUAAUUCAUGGUAAAUGGGGAGUUUUUAAAAGAAUGCCGUAAAUGUUGAUCCUCAGCAGCUACAGAUAACCUGUAAUUGCACAGAUGUGAAGUUCAGAUGUCAUUUUCCGUUGAUUAACCAAGUGCUUUUGUUUUGCCUAGUAGCUUCAGAAGGUUGUCUGCGGGCGGGUCACAGACCUGAGGUCUCCUGCCUGCUAGGGAGUCUUUCUAGGGUUGCCCUCGAGCAGUAACUCCAAGUGAAAGGGCAGGUUGUCCUAAAACUCUGUGAGGUGGGACUGUGGGCCUGCACCUCAAGCUAGCAUGGACUCCUGUGGUCAGAGCCUUGGUCUCUCCUUGGAAUCUGGCUCUGGGCCUAACCAGCCAGGUGUGCUCCAGAAAAGUACAGAGGCUCUGCCCUCUCCAGACCUGAGCCUGCCUCUUUCCCUCUGGACAGUUCCUCUGUCAUCUGUGAACAGGCCAAACCAGUGCCCUCGGAUGAUUUUCCGUCCUCCCGCACACCCUGCCGACUGCUGGCUAGUUAAGCCCUGUCUGUCCCGCCUUGUCAGCAGUGGAUACACCCGGGUCCGCACAUUUACUGUCGUGGCUACUGUGCCCUCUGUACUUUUGACCAAAGUGAGAAAACGUUAAGUCUUUCAAAUACACUAAGGAUGUUUCUGCGGAACACCAAAGUGUCCCGUGGAACUAGAAGGGAAGCAGUGCCUGUCUUCUGAGGUGGCAGGGGCCUACCAACCCGGUCCUGUGACUCUUCCAUGGGCACGAGAUCAGUCCCGGCUCAGGAGGCAGCUCAGCUCCCUGGUUCUUUGGGCUGGAGAGCAGCACCUACUCGCUUCUUGGCAUGUCCAGCCCCUCUGGGCAUUAGAACCUCCAUAGAGCUCAGUCGCAGCCACCUCUUCUCAGCUGGGAGCCCGGGCACUCUCAACCGGCCAGAGCCCCCGCUUGCCCCAAGAUCUUGUCUGGCGAACUUACAGUAUUCAGUUUCUGCUGUAGGAAGAGAGCAAGGCUUCCCUGUACCCGUGCAUCCUCUGGAAACAAGCCUGUAUUGGGCCCUGCACGGCCGCCCCACCCCGGCGCCCCACCCCCCUCAGGAGAGGCAAAACUCCUGCCUACCCAAAGUGUCUGCUUCACUUUUUUGUCCAAUCUUUGUUUUUGAUAAGCAAGACCUCCUCCCCAGCUUUUUUUUUUUUUUUUUUUAUGAUCUUUGUAGUUGAUUUGUCUGAACUGUGGCUAUUGUGCAUCCUUUGAAUAAUCACUUGUAAAAAAAUUUGUCGCUGCUUCAAGCUAUUUCCUUUACUCAUGUUGAAGGGAUUUUGCUGGCUUUUGGGGUCUCGGUAGUGACUCCCAAGAGCAGAGUGGAGAAGAGCCCAAGCGUAGACUUGGGGGCCAUGAUGGGUGCAGUCAGUUUUAUGAUUCUGCUUUUAUGUGUCCUUUGGUAUAAGUGACUAACAAUAUACAUUCCUCAUAAAUAAAAAAAAAAGAAUCUGAA